ACAGCAAUGUUAUUAAAUACACAAAAUUGUGAAUAUUUAAAUCAAAGAUUACAAAUUCAAAUAAUUCAUCAUCAGAUGAUAUUAAAAUUUAUAUUAGCAAGUUCAAAUCGUUGUGUUGAUAUUAAUAAUUAUAUAAAAAGGAAUAAUAGUGAAAGUCCGCCAUCAUUAUCACCAAAUAGCAAUAAUUCAUUACCUAAUAGUCCAAUGCGUAAUACACAACAAAGAAAUACAGCAAUGUUACAUCAUCCUGGUUUACAUUUUGGACAUUUAGCUGCAGCUGCUGCAUCAAGUUUUGGUGCAUCAACAUCAGAUUUUUUAGUUGCAUAUCCAAAUUUUUAUCCAAAUUAUGUUCAUGCAGCUGCUGUUGCACAUGUCGCAGCCGCACAAAUGCAAGCACAUGCAGCUACUCAUGGUAAUUUACAUCAUCAUCAUCAUCAUAAUGGUCAUUUAGGUCAUGGUCCACCACCAAAACGAAAACGUCGACAUCGUACAAUUUUUACAGAAGAACAAUUAGAACAAUUAGAAGCAACAUUUGAUAAAACACAUUAUCCUGAUGUAGUAUUAAGAGAACAAUUAGCACUUAAAGUUGAUCUUAAAGAAGAAAGAGUUGAAGUGUGGUUUAAAAAUCGUCGAGCAAAAUGGCGUAAACAGAAACGAGAGGAACAAGAACGAUUACGUAAAUUACAAGAGGAACAAUGUAAUGGAAAUUCAUCGAAUGGUGGUAGUGGUGGUAAUGGUAUUAGCAGUGCUAAUAGUAGUAAUACUACACAUAAUGAUAGAAUACAAUGUACAUCAAAUGAAUUUUCAUCAGAUCAUCAAAUUCAUCUUAAAACAGAUCCAAUUACAUAUAGUGAUGAAGAGGAAUCAUCUGAUUUAGAAGUAGCCUAA